GUGACAUUAAUGCUUCACUUGGAUGCGAGACAUGAGCUCCUACAGCACUGCAUCAGUUCACUCAGAUCUAGCAUUUCAUCCAGCGAUGGGGUGGACGUCCUGCAUCAUCUUGUUCCUGUAUGCGUCAGUGUGUGAGUGCCGGCGGCUGCCCGACCCAGAGCCUCUAAUGCACGGGGCGGUGCAGUCUCCCCAGUACCCCGAGCCUUACCCCCCCAACCUGCAGGAGCAGUGGGACCUCAGUGUGCCCGAGGGCUACCAGAUCCGACUCACCUUCACGCACCUGGACAUUGAAUCUUCUGCAGGCUGCUACUACGACUCCCUCACAGUCAGAGCCACAUUUCAACACAUGUCAAAUCCCAAACUAGUCCAGUGUUGUAGUGUUUGA